UGUAGCAGUUUUUGGUGUUCCGUGUUUAUGUAGUUUUUAUGCAGUUUGAAAAGGUACGUGCACGGAAGCAGGCAAAAGAAAUGGGCGACCGACAUCACACGGCACCAAUGGACGCGAUCAGAGUGUUCUUAGCCGUCUCUGUACUUUUUCAACUGGUAACCGGAGAAAGCCCACAUGACAGAAAAGAGCAACAGUGCUACAACUACGCCGGGGGGCACGUCUACCCGGGGGAAGCCUUCCGUGUGCCCGGGUCCGAUCACUCCUUGCACCUGAGCAAGGCAAAGAUCUCCAAGCCCGCGCCGUUCUGGGAGGGCACCGCCGUUAUCAACGGGGAGUUCAAAGAUCUCAGGCUGUCAGAUUACCGGGGGAAGUACCUGGUGUUCUUCUUCUACCCCCUGGAUUUCACGUUUGUCUGCCCCACCGAGAUCAUCGCCUUCAGCGACCGCGUGCAGGAGUUCCGCGCCAUCAACGCAGAGGUGGUCGCGUGCUCUGUGGACUCGCAGUUCACCCAUCUGGCCUGGAUCAACACGCCCAGGAAACAGGGCGGGCUUGGGCCCUUGAAGAUCCCCCUGCUCUCUGACCUCACACACCAGAUCGCCAAGGACUAUGGAGUCUACCUGGAGGAUCAGGGCCACACACUCAGGGGCCUCUUCAUCGUUGAUGAUAAGGGCGUGCUGCGGCAGAUCACCAUGAACGACCUCCCAGUGGGCCGCUCUGUGGACGAGACCCUGAGACUGGUGCAGGCCUUCCAGUACACUGACAAACAUGGAGAAGUGUGCCCAGCAGGCUGGAAACCAGGCAGUGACACAAUUAACCCAGAGGAAGCUAUGAAGGCUUGGUGGCCCAGAGAGGAGCUGUGAGAUCGUCCUAAACCAAUGAGAUCUCACGCAGCAGUCAACCAGCCAAUCAGAAGAUGCUUCUCUGACCACCGUCUGGGUUCCUUCUGCUCCCACUUACACAUCCUGGCUCACACCGGCUCCAACCACUAUGGGAAAAAGAGCUGAUCCAGGAUCAUCUUACCCGACCCAAUUACAAUUGCAAUAAUUAUGUGAAAAAGGAAAAGUUCUGAUCUGGAAACAGUGUUAUCUGCGCCCUUAUUGAGACGAAAGGGUGCAACUUCAUUGGCAUGCUUGGCCUCACCUCUGGAAUCACCCUCCUGCUGCAGGAGUUUAUUCCAGACAAACCUGUUUACAAAAUCAGUAUUUUUAUUAAUGAUGAUGCCUCUCUUUCUCUUUGCAGAUAAUCCCAGACCCCUCGGGCAAAUUGAAAUAUUUCGACAAACUGAACUAACCCCAC